CUGGAGGAGCUGGAGUUGGAGGCACUGGCGCGGGAGGCGUUGGAGCUGGUGGCACUGACGCUGGAGGCGCUGGAGCUGGAGGAGCUGGAGUUGGAGGCACUGGCACGGGAGGCGCUGGAGCUGGAGGAGCUGGAGCUGUUGACCUUGGAGGCACUGUGCGGCCGCGACCAGCAUCGUGAGCCUGCGUCUCGUCUUGCCUCCCCUGUUUGCACUGCUCCUCGCGCUCCUCGUUCGUGUCCUCCUCCGGUCCCCGGCACGCACGCUAUGGCACUCCGUCCUUCCUCUGUUCCACUGCGUGUUCCUCUGCCUGCUCCUCCUGAGUCCUCUCUUCCUGAGGUUCCUGACCCUGAGUCUGACCGCGCUCGUGCUGCCAGUCCCACGAUCUCUUGUCUCCUCGCCACUGUUGUCACUAACCCUUCUUUUGAGUCUGCUGCUGCGUGUGCCCUCGUUGUUGAGCUGCUUGACUUUUCUGCUGCCUGUCGUCUAGACUAUGCCACUGCUCUUGUUGCUGCGUCUGAGUCUGCCAGUCCAUGA